GAGAGAGUAAGUGCUGGCAGAGACAGAAGAAUGAGCCAAACACAAGACAAACGAAAGAAGGCACCAGGAGCUCACUGUAGUAGAGAGGCAUGGAGAGAUGGUCUGACAAUUGACCAGGAGGUUGAAGAAAGACAAAGUGACAGGUCAAGAUUCAGCAACUGAUAUCAGGAGGAGUGCACAAACUAGAAGAAGAGGAGGAGUCUGAUCUGAGAGGAAGUUAAAAAGAGUGGAGCGCGAAAAGGAGCCCUUCAAAACAGAGAGAUCCUUUCUGAGUGGACCACUGACAUAGAUGUAGAAUAAACUGGACCCUGGCAACAAGGACCUCAACUGGCAAAAUAGAUUUUCAUCACUGAAGGAAUUACCGAAAAUAUAAACACACGGAACUGUGCAAAGGCAUCAAGGAGAGCAGAAGACAAUCAAACAUUAUUAAAAACAGAAAGAAGACGCGGAGAUACCACCCACAGAGAGAGACUGAGUAUACCACACACAGGGUUUAUCGCAGGACCGAUUCCAUCGUGUUACCCACAGGACAUCUGGUCACCUCUCUGUGUUGGAAUGGAAAUUGUGCAGUGAGUUGAGUGAGUUAGAAGUUCACCUACACUGCAACAUGAAGCUCAGGCAUGAGGCAAGAGGGGCACUACUGGCCUUGCUGCUGAGUUUACUGCUGUCUACCUGCACCACACAAGAGAGUGAGGAGAGUCUGGAGCUCCAAGAGGAAAACAAUACAGUCAGCACUGAGAGCCCUGAUACUGUAUCCUCUGACAUAACAAACGUGAGCCCCCACAGGACAUGGAUAGUCUUUAGGGACAACUCCAACAAGGGUGGAAAUAAUAAACCAAGAGUCAAUAAAAGACCCUCCAAGCAUGGCCUUCCAGGUCCACCAGGCCCUCCAGGUCCCCAGGGGCCUCCUGGUCCUCCAGGCCCCCUACUGCCUCAUCAUGCAGAGAUGAUAAAGGACUUCCAAGUCAAACUAAAAGAGGUGGUUGGAACUCACUGUCUGCUCUGCGAUCAACCCCCUCGUGUGGCCACAGCUUUCCGUUGCCAACUGCACCACAACCUGAUGGUCCACCGUCGCAGUCUGCAGGAGCUCCAGCCCUUCAACAAUCCCUCAAACACAGAGCAGUUCCAUCAGAGAGGACAAGGCUUUAACAUCAGCAGUGGCCGGUACAUAGCUCCAGUGUCUGGGUUCUAUCAGCUCACAGCAAGUCUGCUACUGGAAUCCAAUGAGUCUCAGAAGAAGCCUCAUGCCAGGCAGAGGGACAGUGUUAAGGCCUCUAUAUGCAUAGAGUCUCUUUGUCAGAGUAAUGUGUCUUUGGAGACAGUGACUGGAGUGAGCACUACAGGGGGACUAUUCAGUAUUCUCCUGACCGGGACUCUUUACCUACAGGCUGGAGAAUAUGUAUCUAUUCUUAUUGACAAUGGGACAGGCUCAGCCCUCACAAUUCUCCAAGACAGUCUGUUUUCUGGCAUUCUUAUUGGAAUAUGAGGACACAAACAAAACACAAACCAAUGACUAGAAAGAAGCCCAUUUUCACAGUGUCGACAAAAUACAUAUCUUAAUUAGGUAAGGUAUUCAGGACAUAUUAGAAUAUUUCAAGCAUCUAAAAGAGACUCUACGUAUUACCAUUGUUGCAAAGGGCAGCAGGAUUGCACUGCUAUUUCUUUCCUAAAUAAUGGCAGCAUUUAAACUCUGUUCAUUGAGGUGUAUGUAUUUUUUCAUGUGGUAUGUUUUUGCAUUCCAUUCUUAGC